ACCGUCAAACCAAACAAUAGGAGAAAAAAAAUCAUUUUGAGGACUAACAUUGUCGUAAGAGGUAUUAUGUUACCUCACGUAAAUAUAUUUUUCUACAAAUUUUGUUUUCUGUGAGUUUUUCGUUUAUGUAAAAAUUCAAAGUCCCUUUUCGUACCAUUUACGUUCAUAUUUCGUAUCUGAAUAAUCUAAAUCACAAAAAAAGAGAAGAAAUAGGGCAGUUCAGCAUCCCGUCCCUUAAGUUAAAAUGAAUCUAAUUCGGAAAAUUCCAUCGAAAUUAAUCCGAACUUCCCAGGUGGGGACGACAUCAAUUCCCAAAAAUCGAUGGAUCGUUCGCAAUCCAUUCACUAAAAAAGGUGAAAAUCAAAGUCAUGACGAACGAGACAGCCUUGCUGGUUUAUAUACACCGCUGGAAGAAUAUACUCGUUACCGAAAGGAGGUUCUCAACUUGUCGGCGAAUGCUGAACUGGAAGCUCUUGCUCUUAAAAAGAAUCAUAGAAAGCGAGCCCGAUCCCCUUCUCAUGACGAUCAUUCGUAUGCAAAGAGACUGUCAUCAGGUAGUAAUCAUACCAGCCGAGAAGAUGACAAUAUUUUCGUUCGAAAGACAAAUUCAUUUUCUGACGAUCAUCGUAAAAAGCGAGCUCGUGAAUCCAAUUCCGAUGACCAUAAUGCAGCGAAGAAGCCACGAUUGAAUGAUACGCCUAUCCAGUAUGCGAUUAAACAUCCGAGUCAGUAUGCCGAUCCAAACCGAAAGGUUUUGGAGAGUUUAUUCGAUCCUGAAAUUACUGCUGAAGGAUGGAAAAAGAAAAGCGAUGGAUUUGAAUACCACACACAGAUCCGUGGAACCACCUACUACAAUAUGGGCAAUUCAAUCGAUGAUGCUAGAGAGCAUGUGGCCGAGAAAGUUCUCAAGGAGCUGUGUGAUUUCAGACGAGAGUAUAUUCGUUGGCCUGACCAUUUGUUGCCGUUUCGAUUGAAUCAAGAAUUCGCUGAUCAGAUUGAACGAAUGGUAAAGACCAAAUUCGAUGACAUUAUGGUGCGCGAUCUUCGUUACAAGGAACACAAAGUACUAGCUGGAAUCGUAAUGACUACACAUGCACUGUCGCCGCCAAGUGCUAAAGUGGUUGCCAUUGGUACUGGAACCAAGUGCUUCGAAAACGUGAACCGUGACGGAGGUGGUACCAUUCUGCAUGACAUGCAUGCAGAGGUGGUGGCUCGGCGAAGUUUCAAGCGAUUCCUUUGUCAUCAACUAAAUGAAAUGCGCAAGAAAAAAUCGUCUGUAUUUGAAUGGCAAGGCAAAGAUAUUCGACUGAAAGACGGGGUGAAGUUUCAUUUGUAUUGCAAUGCAAUACCCUGCGGUGAUGCUCGCGUGUUCAGUUUGAGAGGCCUGAUGCAAGUUAAAAAUGAGGCGAAAAUGGGAUCGUUGAGAAUCAAAAAAAUUGGAGGGACAGAACCAAUAUCGGAAAAUAUUUUCCGCAUCACCUCCCUUUCAUGCUCCGACAAAAUUGCGCGAUGGAAUGUACUCGGACUACAAGGUUCCCAGUUGGCUAAAUUCAUCAAACCAAUUUAUUUGGAAUCUAUUGUCCUGGGCAGCCGUUACAGUCCCGUUCACUUGUAUCGAGCAAUAGGUGGACGCUUAACAGACAUUUUGCCCGUUCUACCUUCCGAUUAUCGCUUGAACAAGCCAUACUUCGAAUCCACAUCACUAAUUGAAACCGAAAACUCUCCUGCACGUGAGUCAAUGAAGUAUGGCAUUUGUUGGAGCGAUGUAUCCGACGAUGAAAACGGGCCAGAAGUUCUUGAUUUGUUGACCGGUUUAACAAAUCGCGGACACACAUCGAAGAUAUCGAAGCUUUCCUUUAUGCGUAUGUUUAACAGCAUAAAUCAAAAGCUACCGUAUCGGUCCAAUGACGGAAUUGCUAACUUUCAGAAAGUGAAAGAGCAAUUUUAUCUGGCGUUGAAGAAAGGAAAUUAUGGAGCCUGGGAGAAGAUCGCUGUCUAGCUUCGUACACUUGCACUUGAAUUAUGUUUAUCUGCAUUUACAUUAUGUUUGCGUUAAUCUGUUUUAUUUUUUUAUAUUUUGAGACUCUGAUGAAUAUUUUUCGUUUUCAUAAUAAAUUUCUUUGGUUCCAAAUGGA